AUCAAACCUUAAUUAAUUAAAAAUACAAAAUUAGACCCACACCACCAAAUCAAUGUUUUAAUAAUAAUCUUAUAACAUAAAAGUGAUUAUCAAAUUUGGAUUUUCUAGUUCAAGCUUCUUCUCAUCCUUCUUCCUUUCUACGCUUCUCCUCUUAACUCCCACAUUUGAAGUCAAACCUUUGUUAUUAACCUCUGCUUCUUCUUCAAAAUCAAAAUUUUCUGCCCUUCUGCCGGAAACACGAUUCUUCUGUGAUGAACUCCUGCAAUGAUGCAUAGCCAUGGUUUGCUCUGAUAUCAUAUUGUAAGGAUCCGGAAAACAAACCGUUAUCAGAGUUUAAAUCAACUUAAGAUAACUGGAACCCUAUUGUACAUCCUAAUAGGCCUGAUAUAAUCUCAACAUGAUCUUUACUUAGAUUUCAAUCUCAAGUAUUAGAGAGAACAUAGCUAAAUCUGGUUCUAUACGUUGAUUCAAAACAGAAAACUGCAGAUGAGAGGUGCUUGAACUAGUGGAGUACAAGAAAAUUCAUAACCUGCAAAAACAGCUGGUCUGAUUAUGAGUUUGAUGACCAGAUGGGGCGAAUUCCUUUUAAGAUGAGAAGAUGAUGGGAAUCCAUAACUGGAUUGUAAGAGGUGUUGAGUGUUUUAUUGCUUGCCUGCUCAUAAUUAUUCCAUUGACUUGUGCAGAAGAAGGUUUGAACAUCAAAUGCUGUGCUGCAUCAAAUUCUACAGAUAUAAGAAAAUUAACCUGGAUAUCAGAUUAUGGAUGGUUCCCAGAUGAUGCAAGUUGCCAGCCUAUAACCCGAGCAGAAGCAAACUUCACAGGUUAUGAUGUUCGGUUUUUCAAAAUUGAUUCAGGGAAGAGAUGCUACAAAUUACCAACAAAUAAAGAUCAAGACUAUCUAAUAAGGGGAACAUUUCUUUAUGGAGAUUCAGUGGGAUCUUUGGACUCCUUUGACGUUUUGAUCGGUGUGACAAAAAUAAGCAGAGUGAACACGUCUGAGGAUUUGAAGGUGGAGGGCAUUUUUAGAGCUAAAGAUCAGCAUACAGAUUUUUGCUUAGUGCAUGACAAAGGAUACCCAUACAUUUCACAGCUUGAACUCAAGCCCCUGGAAGAUUCAGAGUAUUUAAACGUACUGGGAAAGGCACCUAACAUUUUGAAAUUGGUUAGCAGAAAUGAUGUAGGAAAUUCAGGAGAGGAUAUCAGGUACCCAGAUGACCCUUUUGAUAGAAUUUGGGACACAGACAGCAAACUAGUUAAGCCAUCACCAGACUUAACACUAGCGAGAUCCUACAUCCAUAAUGCUAGCACAACAGUGCCUAUUAGAGUUCUCCAAACUGCACUAACACAUCCAGACAGACUGGAGUUCCUACACAGCAGCCUUGAUGCAGAAUAUCACAACUACACCCUGUUCCUCUACUUUUUUGAGCUUAACUCCACUAUAAAACCUCAACAAAGGGUGUUUAAAAUCUACAUUAACAAUGAGAUUCAUCAGGACGAAUUUGACAUACAGGCCAACGGAUCAUAUUAUAAUGAAGUUGCACUGAAUGUCACAGCAAAAGAAGCACUAAACUUGACGCUGGUCAAGGUCUCAAAUAGGUCUGUGUUUGGACCUAUUUUAAAUGCUUAUGAGAUCUUACAAAUGUACUCAUGGAUUCAAGGAACUAACCAGCAAGAUGUGGACACAAUAGAGAUGGCGAGAUAUGAACUGCUUCAGCAUAACAAAGAAAAUCAAGUGUUGCAAAGUUGGUCAGGAGACCCAUGUCAUCCUCUUCCUUGGAAAGGUCUAACAUGCCAAAGCAUGAACGGGGACCCAGUGAUCACCAGGCUGGAUAUUUCCUCAAGUCGUCUUCGUGGGCCGCUUCCAGCUAAUAUUACUAGGCUGAACAACCUAAUGCAAUUGAAUGUUACCCACAAUAAAUUUACUGCCAGGAUACCAGAAUUCCCAUCAUCCUCCAAGUUAACAUCAGUGGAUUUGAGCCACAAUGAACUGGUUGGCUUUCUUCCAAACUCUUUGACCUCGCUUCCAAAUUUGACAACAUUAUACUAUGGCUGCAAUAAUUUAAGCAAAGGAACUCCAAGUUUUAACAACUCAAGACUUGCUACAGACUAUGGGGUAUGUGUCAAUGUUACACAAAGCUCAACACGUAAUAUUCAAGGAAUUCUCAUAGGUACUGUUGCAUGUGGAUCCUUCCUAUUAGCACUUGGAGUUGCUUUAGUUUGCAUUUACAGGCAAAAGUUCAUAGCUCAGAGGAAUUUUGAUGGAAAACGACACCCUAUGACAAAGAAUGCCAUUUUCUCUCUGCCCAGCUCGGAUGAUGUAACUUUUAAGUCGAUAACUAUUCAAAUGUUUACCCUAGAAUACAUAGAGAAUGCCACCCACAAGUAUAAAACCUUGAUAGGUGAAGGUGGUUUUGGAUCAGUAUACCGUGGCACACUAUCUGAUGGUCAAGAGGUGGCAGUGAAGGUCCGGUCAUCCACCUCAACUCAAGGAACUCGGGAAUUUGAGAAUGAGCUAAACCUUCUAUCAUCUAUCCGACAUGAGAAUCUGGUACCCCUUCUUGGUUAUUGUUGCGAAAAUGAUCAACAAAUCCUUGUUUACCCAUUCAUGUCCAAUGGCUCUCUGCAAGAUCGCCUAUAUGGGGAGGCAGCUAAAAGGAAAACUCUGGAUUGGCCAACCAGACUUUCAAUUGCUCUUGGUGCUGCUCGAGGGUUGACACAUCUUCAUACGUUCGCUGGCCGUUGCGUUAUACAUAGAGAUGUAAAGUCAAGCAACAUACUUCUAGAUCAAAGCAUGAAUGCCAAGGUGGCGGACUUCGGCUUCUCAAAAUAUGCUCCUCAGGAAGGGGACAGUGGUGCUUCUCUGGAAGUAAGAGGCACUGCUGGCUACUUGGAUCCAGAGUACUAUUCAACGCAGCAUCUAUCAGCAAAAAGUGAUGUCUUUAGCUUUGGGGUGGUUCUCCUUGAAAUUGUAAGUGGUCGAGAACCUCUCAACAUCCACAGGCCACGAAAUGAAUGGAGCUUGGUUGAAUGGGCAAAACCCUAUAUAAGGGAGUCAAAGAUCGACGAAAUUGUGGACCCUAGCAUAAAGGGAGUUUAUCAUGCAGAGGCAAUGUGGAGAGUGGUGGAGGCUGCAUUGGCAUGCAUCGAGCCCUUCUCUGCUUAUCGACCAUGCAUGGCUGACAUUGUUAGGGAGUUGGAGGAUGCUUUGAUAAUUGAAAACAAUGCAUCUGAAUAUAUGAAGUCCAUAGACAGCAUAGGGGGGUACAGCUUGGGAGGUUCCAAUCGCUUCUCGAUAGUCAUAGACAAGAAGAAUGUUAUACCACCAACUCCAACCCCAACAGAACCUUCACCAAUUAAUGCACAAGCGAUGGCUCCUCCAGAACCAAGAUAGUAGAAGGGUUGGAAAAUUACAGUCAGUUUAGUUGCAUCAACUGACGAAUUAUAGUAAGGAAAUCUGAAGAUGAUUCCGAAUGCUAUUUUGUGAGAGAUCGUCCAUCUAUUCCAUUUACUUCAAGUUGUUCAAUUUUUCCCUGAAUUUCAAGUUAAAGAAUCUACUUUUUGCAAUAAAAUUUUUACAGGAUAUACUAUGGGUUUGCAUUA